CCACUUUUAGAGAGAGAAAGUAGGAUUCUUUGUCGUCGCUAGUCUUCCCGCUGCCGUCCUCGUUCGUUCUCCGGCUCCGUACUAGAUUAGUCUUCUUCGGCCUUGCUCUUCCAUGUCUUCCCAAUCCUCAGUCUUUCGUCGGUCCGAGUCCGAGCGCGAUGCCGAGGGUUCCGUCACAGGCUCCGCCCAGGAGAGCGACUCCUGCUCACCCUCCGUUGAGGAGAUAGUCGAGGCGGUUGAGAUCUCUCUUCAGUCAGAGCCUCGCAAUCAGAGGCGCACUACCCUGGAGGACUCGGGGAUCCGAGCGCGGAAGUGCACCCUCACAGUAGAGGAAUUUCGCAAGGCGAAGCGCCUAGCCUCAGCGCCGGGUUUCUUCGCUGUCCACCUCAAAUCCCUCGAGUAUGGGUUUCGCUUCUCCCUCCAUCAGUUGGUCAUAGAUUUUUUCCACCAUUUUGAUUUUCUCCCUUGCCAAGUCGUGCCAAAAUCCCAUCGUUACUUGGUGGGGUUCCUUAUCCGUUGCCAAAGGACUGGGGUUCGCCCCGAUCUGGCUCGCUUCUUGUUGCUCUUCCGGUUGGCGAAGUCGUCUGGUCGGGCCAACUCCGACUCGGGUUCGUACGCCUCUAUCUUCCAGAGGCAGGAGAAGCUCUUCAAGACGAGGAAGGACUCCGCCAAGAGUUGGAAGGGGAAGUUCAUCUUCAUUUCUCUCUCCUCGGGCUCCCCCUUUCGUAAAGAACCCCUCAAUUCAUUUCGCCUCCGUUCCGCGUGCGUCACCUCAGACAAGAUGCUCGAGGACGUAGAGACGCUCUGCCAAGGGGGGCCCUUCGAAGUCGGCUCGGUAGUGACAAACGAGGCGCUAGCGGCACUCGGCUUCGUCUUCCUAUCCCCGGAAGACACCCCGCGGAGCAUCGAAGAAGGCCCCUCAGGUGAAAUCAUGCUCUCCAGCGCCGAGCGGAUGAAGCUCAUGUUCCCGGACGCUCUGAGCGGCAACUCCCAAGCUCAUACCUCAGGCGGCCGUCCCCCGACUCCACCCGUGAAGCCGACACCCGAGACGGCGCAGAAGAAGAAGAGGAAGGAAACGGCCUUGGCCGCCGACGCUCUGCAGGGGUCCGAGUCCCCCAUGAUGAAGGACUUCGGCCAUCCUAAAUACGUCAAGGCAGCCUUCCCCACUCGGGUCUCCUUCCUAGAUCGGGACUACGACCCGGAGACCUUCCUGUGCAGCUUCACUCCUCCAACUGAUCGCGCCAAGAUAAAAGAUAUCGACCGGGAGACUCUGGCCUCGGAUACUUUCCACGAGCUGGGCUCGGCGAUGAUGCGCAUGGUCGACAUGAGCCAGCGGCUGCGUGCCAGUGAGGAUGACCGGAGCAGGGCUUAUGUUGAGAUAGCCGACCUUAAUGAGGCGUUGAAGGCGGCCAAAGAGCAAGCUCGCCAGGCCGAGGAGCGGGCUCAGCAACUCGCGGAGGAGGCUGCUCGCAAGGCGCGCCAGGAGGCUCGCGAUCAGGCCGUGGCCGAGUUCAUAUCCUCAGGGGUGUUCCAGGAUGAGGCCUUCGCCCACAUGAAUGAUCUACUCAAGGCCUGGGGGCAGACUCCCGAGAGGAAAGCCUUUGCUCGCUCCGAAGGGACAUCAUGUGAGAUGCGAGGAGAGACGUUCUCCUUCGGAAGCUACUCCCUCGGGGGAUCUUCUGCCAUUCCGACCGAUUCGGGGCCGAGCUCGACCCCGCCGCCCUUUCUGCGGGACUCUUGGGACUCGGACUCUGAGUCCGAGUCGGUGCACCCCGAUCCUUAUGCCAAGAUCCCGGGGUUCAUCUACUAUUUGUCGGAGGAGGAUGAGAAGACCCCAUCUCCGCCGGUUCCGCCGGUCUGACGUGAGGUCGUCACUCCCCCGGUUCCUGCCGGUCGCUGUGGCCGAGGUCGCCGCCCUCCAGCUCCUCCCGUAGCGGUUCCAAGCGAGAGCUCAGUGGCAUCCCACCAUCCGAGCCUGUGCUCCUUUGAAGACCCAGGCUCGCCCAGCUAUGGCGAGUCUAUCGGGCACUUCGUCAUCAGUCGGGCUCAUUCACCUUCCUACCCCCCACCUUGCCCGUGCGAGCGGGGGUGGAAUUGUGGCAUGCACUGAAGUCUACUCGUACUUUAGUUGUAAGGUGUUUAAUUAUUGUGAGGCGUUUGUGCCAUGUACUUGCCCGUUUUCCGGGAUGAAUAAAAUUUGGAUUUGAUU